AUGGCCUUUUUCGAUCAGAAUCGGACCGGUGAGCUCAUUUCGCGAUUGUCCGUCGAUACCGCCAUUGUGGGCAAAAGUGUGACAAACAAUGUUAGCGAUGGAUUAAGAGCACUAGCCACAGCAGGUGUUGGUUCCUCCAUGAUGCUUUUCAUCAGUCCAAAGCUCACAGGGAUCAUGAUGGUGGUUGUACCACCUGUGGCGCUUUUUGCCAUUGUGUACGGUCGUUAUGUAAAGACGCUUUCAAAAAAGACACAGACCGCUUUAAGCGAGAUCACCAAAGUCGCCGAAGAGCGGAUCAGCAGUAUUCGCACUGUCCAAGCAUUUGCCAAGGAGAAAGUGGAAGGCAAGCGAUAUCACAUGCGUGUCAUGGAUGUGUAUGAUCUGGCCAGGAAGGAAGCACUGGCCAGUGGCGCUUUCUACGGUGGAGCAGGGCUCUCUGGUAACCUGGCGGUCUUGGCCGUUUUGUGGUACGGCGGGCACAUGGUGAUGAAUCAUGCCAUCACCAUUGGCGAGUUGACCUCGUUCAUGCUCUAUACCGCAUAUGUGGGCACAUCGUUGGGUGGCAUGACGUCUUUCUAUUCCGAGAUUAUGAAAGGUGUGGGUGCUUCAGAACGGUUAUUUAAUCUGUUGGCUCGAGAAAGCCCUAUACCUCUGGACGUUGGCAAGAAAUUGGAUAACUUGCAGGGCAAGAUCCGAUUUGAUAAUGUCAGUUUUACCUAUCCCACCCGACCGCAGUCGUCCAUUCUCAAGAAUUUCUCGUUGACCGUUAACCCCGGAACAGUGAUUGCUAUUGUGGGUUCGUCUGGAUCGGGCAAAUCGACGAUUGGAUCAUUGUUGUUGCGUUAUUAUGAUCCGAAUGCCGGUAGUGUGUAUGUGGAUGAUACGAACCUGAAAGAUAUCAAUUUGAAUUGGUGGCGUGAGAAUGUGGGUGUGGUCUCCCAAGAACCUAUGCUGUUCGCUGGAACGAUCGCGGAGAAUAUCGCCUACGGACGGGAAAAUGCCACCAUGGAAGAGAUUAUGGAAGCCGCGACCAAGGCUCACUGCACCAACUUUAUUCAAUCCUUCCGCGAUGGGUAUCAUACCAUGGUGGGUGAGCGUGGUAUCAGUCUGAGCGGUGGCCAGAAACAGCGCAUUGCUAUCGCUAGAGCGUUGCUCAAAAAUCCGUCCAUCCUUGUGCUUGAUGAAGCAACGAGUGCCUUAGAUUCGGAAUCGGAACUCUUGGUCCAGGAUGCUUUGAAUACUUUGAUGCAAGGACGAACAGUUUUCACGAUUGCGCAUCGCUUGUCUACCAUUCGCUCGGCUGAUCUGGUGGCCUGCUUGAGUGAUGGUCGUGUGGCCGAAUUAGGCACUUACAAUGACCUUUUGAAUAUUCAAGACGGUGUAUUCCGACGCCUAGUGGAAUUGCAAUCGCUGGGCGGAUCGGCACGGUUGAACGAGACCGAGACGGAUCUCAAUGAACAAUAA